GUAAGCUCCGUUUGGCCGCUAGUCAUCUUGCGUCGACGGGCAGUGUCAGCUUGCGCCAAAAUGCAUUCAUCCCGUCUGGAGUUUCAGUGGACGCAGUAAUCACCCCGCUGGGUACUACUCCUCCCACGCUGAGUUCACUGGCAUCCAGUUUGAAUCAGUCGUCUAUCGGUUAUACUUCAUUGCCUUCCGCACACAUGGUCGCCACAAAAACGCAUCAUUCGAUCUCCCCCGGGCAAUCAUCCGCUGCUAUCGGUGGCAUUCUGUCACAAGUAGCGAACAUUCAGUCACAGGCGAUGGGAUCUCGCCCAACCGGCAGUUCCGUGCCUCUCGGAGUUGUGAUGAACAACGUGCCACAAGUGGUCCAGCUUAGCACGUUAGCCAAUCAAUGGCUUGGUCCGGAAACCAAUCAGACUGUGUGCACCCUGUGCCCGGAAGCGAAUUCUCUACUCCAUUUGUUCGGUGCAUGGCUUUUUGAAGCCUCGGUUGCAGGGGUGGAAAAGGAUUUGAACAGUAAGUCGAAACAUUUUCUCGACUGUUGCUUUUUUUGUUCCUCUACUGUCAAUUAA